CCGCCCCAUUUUUUGCUGAGGACAGGUUGCACUUUACGCUGAGAACAGCAUGAUAACGGAAUGGUGCUUGGUUCCUACCUAUGCCCCAGCAAAUAUCAUGCACCAACCACUUGCGCUCGAUGGCUCCCUCUCUUGUCUCGGCAUCUAUCCACCCAACCGACAGUGACCCGAUUGGUCACCAGAACUUUGAUACACCCCUCCUCUAAUAAUAAUCUUACAUUGAUGGUUCAACCAAAAUACCCCUGCUUCUUCCGUCCUUUCCCCGGAUUCCGAACAUCAUUCCAUCAUGCUCGAUAUGUCUCGUCCAUGUCGGCUCACCGUGCCUCCAACGACUCUGCCGUUCCCUACUCGAUCCUCGAGAAACUCGAUUCAACAUUUGAUAUCGACGAAAUACUUCAUCCUCGCACGUCCGUCGUGCCCUCCUCACCUGCCCCGUUGAACCUCCCAUCGUUGCCCUCAGCCGAUACCCAUGCUCUACACCAUUCGUUACAAGAGCAUGAUGUACAUAAAAGUCUAGAAACGUUGAUCGCUUGCAAACUGGCGUCAUCGGUCAAGGUCCCGAUCCAGGAUGAACACGCAGUGUACGAACGAAUAGCACAAUUACCGACGCAUGACAUUUCUCUACUGUUGGCACCUUGGAUUGCGUAUGCUGCACAACAGCCGCUGACCGAUCGCAACGGUAAGCUGAUAUGGAAAGUGUUGUCAAGUGCUACAGCGUUUUGGGAUACCCGUCAGCGCCAACAGUUGUUCACCGACCCGACACUGACGAACGAACGAUGGAAGUUGCUUCUGUUUAAUAAAUUGGCAGUCGAUUACGCGGAAUGCCAGCAUCUCGAUGUUCUGUUAUCCGCUAUCCCUCCCUCCGAUGCAGACAUGGCCCCGUUGCCAUUUUACAACAGUGCGGCAGCGAUGUGUUUACGGCAAGGACGCCACGAUCACGUUCAGGAGAUCAUGCGUUUGAUACGCGAACAGAAAAUUCAUCCUGAUGCUGCCACAUUCAAUAUCGCUAUUCGAGCCACGUUGGCGAAAAAGGAAUCAUCGUCCGUUUCCGAAGCGUACGAGAUUUACGACGACAUGAUCCGGCAACACAUCACACCGACGGCCGCAACGUACAAUACGUUGAUCAAGUACGCGUGUCGAUGGAAGCAAUGGGACGAGUUAACGCUGUGGAUGGAUCGAUUGGGAGCGAUGUCGAAAUUCAAUGCUGUCACGCUACGUAUUUUGUUGAAAUCGAUCGCCUCGGGUCUGUCAGCGCCGCCUUUGCUGUCUGCUUUUGAACGAGUGGCAGCGGCAGUGCCUGUGCAUGAAACGGUGCCUUUUCUUGAGUCGAGCAUCCGUGCUUUGCUACGCGGAAAACGGAGUUCCAGCGCUUUAUCGUUUUUGAUGCCUUUAUUUCGAAACAAUGCGUCGUUAUCCAUCUAUGCUUACAACCUUGCGCUUCGUGCGCUGACACAACAAGGUGAUUUGGAUGGGGCUUACCAUUUGCUGCAACGCAUGGUGGCCGGAAAAGCGAAUGUGCCAUUCCCCAACGUAGCGAGUUUUACCGUUCUGAUUCAUGCGUACAUUCGCCGGUCGUCUGAUCACGACGUGGAUCUGACCAAGAUUUAUGACCUGUACCAUCAAAUGCGGUCCUUGAAUAUUCCAUGUAACCUGCAUCUGCGGUCAGUGCUCCUGUUUGGAUUAGUGCAAUCCGAAUUCGCGGAUAUCCGUCGAACCACUCAACUGUUUAAAGCACUUGUGGCCGAUUCCCCCCAUCCCGCACCGACGGACGCGCGUCAUCCUUCCAAAUUACCCCAGAUGGAAACACAAACGGUGAUGUAUAAUAUGAUGAUGGAUGCGUAUUUCCUUCGUUACCAUCGCAUGCGAUCACACGAUUCUAUACCUCAGGAACCGUAUCUACUGUUACAGCAAGCUGUCAAGGAAGGACUGCCGCUUCUCCCAUCAACUUUGAACAUUUGGGUUCGUGGGUUGUGUCUGUUCAAGGAUCUGAAUGCGGCCGAGAAAAUGGUGAAUUGGUUCGCUUCAAAGGACAUUCGCAUGAACGAACGCACACUGUGGUAUUUGGUGAAGACGGCUCAACAGAUGGGCCAACGUGGUCGAGCGCGCGAAUGGAUUCGCCAAUUUGAAAAAUCGGGCAAAGUCAUCCAAGGAGAAGGGCUUUUGUCUCUUAAAGACCAUUUGUACGGUCGUCGUGUAUCAUAAAAUGUAGAAAAAAAUCAACAGACGAAAAAUAGACUUGUACUUUUUUUAUGUAUUUUUUUUUCAGUAAUUAGGGUUUUUUUUUCGAGAGGGACGAGUUGAUUUAAUUAUAAAAUGUUUUCAUUGAUG